AUGUCCGGCUUCCUCAACUCCAUCGGUCGUCUCCGAGCCCCCAAGCGGUCGCCCACCAACACCCCCACCCAGCAAGGCUUCUUCGACCCUCUCCCUUCGCCUGGUGUUGAGACCACCCAACAGAACUCUCAGCAGCCCCCCUCACCUGGCCCCAAGCCAUUGUACCUGUGUCAGCCGUUCGUCAAGGCUGCGUUGGUGAAGGGAAGCUUCAAGACUAUCGUCGCACCACCCAAAUACGUCGACGUGAAUGAAUGGGUCGCUAUCAACUUGUUUGACUUUUACCACAACUUGAACCAGUUCUAUGGUGUUCUCACCGAAUUCUGCACUAUUCACAAUUGUCCCACAAUGUCGGGUGGUCGAACUCUCAACUUUCUCUGGCCGGACCAGAAUCAGCGACUGGUGUCCUUACCAGCCCCCACCUACAUUGACUUUGUCAUGAGCUGGCUGCAGAAGCUUUUGGACGACGAGAACGUCUUCCCUACUAAAUCAUCCAAACCCUUCGACCACUCCUUCGCCUACACCGCUAAACACAUCUACAAGCACCUCUUCCGCAUCUUCGCCCACCUCUACCACGCUCACUUUGAGCAGAUCCUCCACCUUUCCAUUGAGGCACAUUUCAACUCGCUUUUCGCCCACUUUUUGGCAUUCGGAAAGGAGUUUGAUCUGUUGGUGAUGAAGGAUCUGAUGACUACCCAAGGAAUGGGACAGGGUGUGGCAGAGCUGAGCGAGAAAUGGAGGCAGAUGGGAAUCCUGGAGACAUGA